AUGAAAUUAAUUUUAUACAAAGAGGAGGCAUUGGGCUUCUUGUUAAAGCCAUCAAUAGCCAGGAUCCCAAGGGGGGAGGGGGUAUUGGGGUUUGUUAGGUACCAAGAGAAGAGCUGUUCUUUAUUGCUACCAAGAGAAGAGCUGUUCUUUAUUGCUACCAAGAGAAGAGCUGCUCUCUAUUGCUACCAAGAGAAGAGCUGCUCUCUAUUGCGUCACCUGGCGGCUGAGGAUGUACAGUUUUGCGAGACUGUGCUGCAGCUCAUCAUCGCCAUACUGCAGCAACACAGGGUCCAUCACCUAAUACCAGCUAGCCGCCAGCCACAGCAGCAGCAGCAGCAGGAGCCGCAGCAGCCGCAGCAGUGGUGCUGGUUACAUCACCUAAUACCAGCUAGCCGCCAGCCACAGCAGCAGCAGCAGCAGCAGGAGCCGCAGCAGCCGCAGCAGCAGCAGCAGCAGCAGCCGCAGCAGGAGCAGCAGAACAUCCCUGCGAUUGCUAUGGGCCCUGCCUAUCCAAAUAUAACGCCGCUGCAGCACCACCAGCUGCAGCAGCAGCUGCAGCAGCAGCUGCAGCAGCAGCAGCAGCAGCAGCAGCAUGCGCGGAUGCCGCAGCGUUACACACUGCAGCAGCAGCAGCAGCAACCCAACUAUCCAACAGAGCAGCAGCAGCAGCAGCAGCCGCAGCAGCAGCAGCAGCCCUAUCUGCUGCAGCAGCAACCCCCAUACACCCACCAGCAGCAAAUGUAUCUACCGCAGCAGCAGCAGCACCCGCAGCAGCAGCAGCUGCUGUAUCCCCCGCAGCAGCAGCAGCAGCAGCCCCACGGCCGCCGCAGAAGCCACAGCCGCUCUAGGAGACAGAGAGAGCAGCAGCAGCAGCAGCACCAGCAGCAGCAGCAGCACCAGCAGCACCAGCAGCGCCAGCAGCAGCGCAGCACCUCACCCAGACCCCAUAGAAUGUAA